GAUUUUUCACCACAAUUACAAUCCCUUCAACACACUGAGGUCUCUCUCGUUCAACAAUGGCUUCUACAGCUACACCCUCUACUCUCACUCUAUCGUCACUUCUCUCACAAGAACUCAACCCCAAUUCUCUGCUUUUCAAACCAAAGCCUCUCCUUUUCACACCCCACAAGUCCUUUUCUCUACAUCCACUAAUCCUCCAUUACAAAGAAAGGAAGUCCAAUGGACCUAUUGUUGUUGCUGCUGCUAUGGCUGCUGAAGCUGAGGUUGAUGAGGCUGUUGGCGAAGAAGGUGGAGAAGCCGCUGUUGCUGUUGCAAUUCCAACCUCCAAGCCUAAGAAAGGCAAAGCUGCUUUGCCUUUGAAGAGGGAUAGAACACGGUCUAAGAGGUUCUUGGAGAUUCAAAAAUUAAGAGAAAUCAAGAAAGAGUAUGACUUGAAAACAGCUAUAGAACUGCUCAAAACAACAGCUAGCACAAAGUUUACUGAAACAGCUGAAGCCCAUUUCCGUCUCAAUAUUGACCCAAAAUACAAUGAUCAGCAGCUUAGGGCAACUGUUAAUUUGCCCAAGGGAACAGGUCAAACUGUUAAAGUGGCUGUUCUUACCCAAGGUGAAAAGUUCGAUGAAGCAAAAAAUGCAGGAGCUGAUUUAGUGGGUGGAGAGGAUUUGAUAGAACAGAUAAAGGGAGGAUUUAUGGAUUUUGACAAAUUGAUUGCGACACCAGAUAUGAUGCCUAAGGUAGCUAGCUUAGGUAGGAUUCUGGGACCUAGGGGACUCAUGCCGAACCCAAAAGCUGGUACUGUCACUACAAAUAUACCUCAGGCUAUCGAAGAAUUCAAAAAGGGUAAAGUAGAAUACCGAGCAGAUAAAACUGGAAUAGUUCACUUACCAUUUGGAAAAGCAAAUUUCUCGGAAGAAGAUCUUAUCAUAAACUUCAUCGCUGCAGUGAAAUCAAUAGAAGCAAACAAACCAUCAGGUGCAAAAGGAGUUUACUGGAAGAGUGCACAUGUAUGUUCGUCAAUGGGGCCAUCCAUUCGGUUAAAUGUAAGGGAGAUGCUCGAGUACAAGCUUCCGAACGCUUAAUUGACCUACACAUGUAUAUUGCAUCUUCUGUCAUCUACCUAGCUUCUUUGGCGCCUUAACUGAGCUUCCAUUUGAGAGGGUUAGGAUACGGAGUAGGUGGAAUUCGAGAGGAGAUUCAAUGCCAUAUUGUCAAUAUUUCUGCGGAAGCUUUCUUAGGCCCAGUUGCUAAAGAAGUAUUCUUGUUUGACAAUGCCAAUUGUAUGUUCAAUUUGAUUCUCUGUAGGUGCUAAUGUAUAUCAUGCUAUAAUUCGCAAAAGGUGAAGCUAGUCAAAUUCAUAAAUUUCCUACACUACAAGAUUCUUAUUUAUGGUCAUGUCUCAGUUUGUCCCAACAGUUGAAUAAACGUGAGAGUUUCAGUA